CAUGCCACCGACCACAGUUUCAAAGCAACCUCCGUCAUGAUCGCGUCAGCUGGUCUUUAGUUAGCCUGCCUCUUCGCAAACGAAUCAACCGGCCGCGUGCGUGCCUAGAAAAACUAGAAAAACACCCGUACCAAUCCAAUAACCAACCGAAAAGUCUCAUUUUCCCCAUUCCUUUCCUUCAAAACACGUUGCUAGUGUUAGCAAAGUAUUUAAGAUUAAAACAAAUAAAACGGGAUUUGUUGAAUCAACGUUAAAGUAUCGAUCAAUGGGAAUAUAUUGUAUUGAUUCGAAUUGAUCUAUCGAAAAUAAUCAAUCCAAAUGAUUCAACCAUCAUUGUUCAUUGUUUUUUCUCAAUUUCAACGAGGAUAUGAUAGAAUUGAUGAAACUCUUAACUUGUCCGAUCAAGGACAACGAUGAUCGGAGUGAUGGUUCAAUGAACUGAUGUAUUAGUAGUCUAUACGAUUCUACUCUCGUUGUUCAUGUUGUUUUUAUUAUUGGUGGAACGUAGGAAGAAGAAAAGAAGAAGAGGGAAGAUCCUCGUCAGCGUAUUUGUGGGGAAAAUAAUAGAAAAAUGUAUGGGAAAUGGAGUGUGUUAGGUUGUGUUUCGGGCGGUUAUAAGUGUAAUAAUAAUAAUAAUAAUAAUAAUAAUCACGGUGCAAUGAUAUCUGUUAUGGUUAUACUGUGCUGCUACGUAGCGUUUUGUUUUGCCGAAAGUGCGCCAGGGAUAUGCGCAAUGGACGGAUGCAAUUGCACCGUCAAAGCACAUCGUUGGAUUAACGUCAAAUGCGUGUUCACUAACGAUCAGGUCGUGGAACUGUUAGAGGGAACGAUUCCAUCUGAAGCGAUGGAAGUCGAGGUUUCUCAUUGCAGAGAAUUGAGAAUCCAAACCGGUGCAUUCGCUGGCGGUGCACCGUUGAAAAGGGUCCACGUAUCCGGUAUCUACAGCGUCAUAGCGAAGAGGCAGGCCUUUGAAGAUUUAAGAGCACCGAACACACACCUCGAGGUCUCCGAAUGCAACAGCGUAAUAAUCGAGAGUCACGCCUUCAGGAAUUCGCGUGGUACACUGAGCGUAUCGAUAUCUAGAUGUAAACACGUUGCAAUAAAACCUAACGCAUUUUCCUGGUUAUUGUGGAUAACGGUAAAAGAGGUGCCAACUUUGGAAUUAUCUAGUAAUGCAUUUAAAUUCGAAUCAGCGCAAUAUGGCAGACAUGGACAAGCAACGAAGAUUAUGUUCCAAAGCGUUAGAAUUACGGAGUUGCCAACUGCCGUUUUCCCAUCAUCGGUGGCAGAGGUACGAAUGGAUGAUAUUUGGACGAAGGUUAUACGAAAAGAGGCCUUCUGUGCGAUGUCGAUCUUCAAUGUGAUCAUCAGCAACGCCUCGAUAUCGGAAAUAGAAUCUGGAGCUUUCAGUGAUAAGAUUCUUAUCGAAAGUCUAGAAUUCGUUGACGUUAGAUUGAAAUAUAUCGAGACAGGAGCUUUCCGAGCUGGACAUGAUAACGUUACGAUUCAGUAUUCUAGAUUAUCUGACGUUAAAUCCGGUGCCAUCGAGAUAUCUGCAGCAACUGUAACAUUCAGCAACAACGAGUUCCAAAGCCUUCACAAUCGUUCGAUCGUUCUACAUCAAUGGAAUCACAUUGCGAUCGAGCAUAAUCUAUUCGUCGAUCUCGCCUCGGAUGCGAUCGUAGCAGAAAUGGAUGCGAAACCGACGAAAUCAGCCCCAAAGUUCGAAUUCUCGUUUACGGGAAAUCACAUACAACACGCUCAACCGGGUUCGUUGAAGUUCAUCGGGAUUUCUCAGCAAGUUAAUACGGCACGUGUCGGCAACAAUUAUUUCAUAGAAAAGUGUAAUUGCAAAUUGGAAGAUUGGGUGCGUGAAAUAACCGGUAGAAACAGUUCGGUAUCGUGGAUGAUGGAUUCGAGUUAUUGCAUGGUAGACAAAUUUCUCGAGAAGUGUUUUAAUCUGCCGGAAGGUUAUUUGGACAUGAGAAAUUUCACGAGAUUGAUAUGCGGAAAAGGGGACAGUCACGUUUAUUGCGAAAAACCAAUUUCGAAACCAGAACCAAGUGUUAGCCCACCAAGCGUUGGUCCGCACGUUUAUCCGAGAAACAAGGGAUACUUUGACGUUGAAAUGAGCGAUCCUGAACAACUCGAGCGUGAGAAAAGGAUUAUCGUGGUUAUAUGCGUGGUAGCGGUUUUCAUCGUUCUCGUAGUGAUAUUAACUUCGGGUAUUUUAUACAUGCGAAGACGUGGUGUUUGUCCAAAGUUAACAUCGGGUCCACUGAUGAAUUUAACCAGUUGGUUCUCACCCAACAACAGUGGCAUGACCGCUGCUACGUCGGCAAGAUCGAUAUCCAGACUGAGCGUUCACGAGUACGCUGGUCUUCAACCAGAAACAAGAAUACUAGAGGUGGAAACUCAGCCGGAUGUUACCGAGGAGGAAGAGGAGGAAGAGGAGGAGGAGGACGAGACUGUUGGACUUUAUCAGUACACCGAAGAUAAGGCUACGCAAACAUUACCGGAGGAACUAACAGAGGAGUACCUGAGGGAUCUAAGAGAUAGAUUAAACGAUCCCGAUAAUUAUAGUCAAGCUAGAGACAUGAUCGAACAUCUUUACGAUCUGAUCAAGGUCGAAGAAAGUUGCAACAAUAACAACGACAGGCAGACAACGAGUGGUGGACCCGGUGGACCUGGAGAGGAAAACGCCUACGAUGUAAUUCGUCCGAAAACGAAAAAACAUCGUGGACAGGGCAAACCUUCUAUCAGUGUUGGGACAAGGGUACCGUCCCUCGAAAAACUUUUGCCAGCUGGCUUGAAAACUAGACCACCCAUCACGGAAUACACGGAACCUCGUGACCAAAGAACAAGCGAUCAAAACCAUCUAUACGCUGAGUUACCUGGCGAUGAAACUGUUCCAAGUACAAGUCGCCUUUCUCAACCGGUUCUAGCAACUUUAGCUGGGAGAGCACCUCAACCUUUACCACCAGACGUCGUGAACGAUCAUCUCGUUAAUGGUUGCUCCCCAAAUAGAGGAGGGGAACCCCAGCAAAGGGAACUCGACCUACCGGAAAGUCCAAAGUUGGAAUCCGCGAGGAAUCAACAACAGGGAAGGCCUAUGAGUUUCCUGAAAGCUUUAGGGGAAAGUAUUCUCGGUGCAACUAAAAUCAAUAACAAUAGCAAAAGGCCGAAUUCCUUGUUAUGCGAAUACGCCGAACCGUCCGAUGCUACGGCUCAUCUUUAUUCCGAAUUACCGGAACCUCAAACUUCAACUCCGGCCGCGAAAAUGGCCAACAGACCACUGCCUACUAAACCAGAUCAAGAGUUGAGUAAUACGGCUAAAGCGUAAUUAUGCUUAACACCGAUUAUCUGUGAUAUAAAUAUUAUGUGUUAAUGUAUUGUGUCGAGAACGAUGACUAUUAAUUAUUCGUUUAUUAAUUACUCGUCUCGUCUUCGUUCAUGCUCCUCUAUUUUACACAAUUUUUCGUGUUUUAUACCGAAUUUCUAUUCGAACGAUAUGAAAUAUUAAUGGAGCAUUCGCACUGCGAGAAGUUUAUAUUAGUUUCGCGUUGUAAAAAUAACGAAGAAGAAAAAACAUAACUAAAAGAAAUGGAGGAAAAAAAACUAUAUCGAGAAAAAGUGUAAUUGGAUUAUCGUAUAUACGUGCAUCAUUUUUCCCCAUCGGGAAAUGUAUUAUUUUUCAGUCAUUCACGACCAACGUAACAACAACUGUUCGUAGCGUGUGAUUGAAACUUUCUAACGUUGUUUCUAUAUUUUCCUUCUUAUUCUACUUAUUCUUUUUUUUAAAAACUAAAGAAAUUUUUUUCUUUUUUAUCACUUUAUUCAUUUACAUUUUUCUUUAUCAUCAAAAUAGACAUUAUGUAACGUAGUGCAAACGGUCUUUAGCAGGCACGUUUCAGAUAAAAUGAACUAAAGAUUGGCCUAAUCUUGUUUAUUUUGUUUAAUUUAAAUCGAGUAUUUUUUCCGAGAUACUACAAAUGUACAAUCGAUUUACGUGUAUAGUUAAAAGAGAAAAUACGAAAAUACAAAUAUGCUGCGACAGGUAUAUUAAAUAAAAGAAUAUUUUACAAGGA